AUGAAUGAAGAUCGUUUGAACUUUUUAUCAGUUAUGAGCAUUGAAAGUGAUGUGUUGGAUAAUCUGUCAUUUGAUGAUAUUAUAGAUGACUUUGCAGAAAAGAAAUCAAGAAAACCAACAGAAAUGAGUAAUGAGCAUUUUAUGUACAAAAUUUUAAUUGAAAAAGACGUAAUAUUAGCUUUUCCAAAUGUUGAAAUCGCAUUACGCAUGUAUUUAGUAAUUAUGGUCACCAAUUGUAGUAGUGAACGCACAUUUUCAAGAUUGAAAAUUAUAAAAAAUAGAUUACGAACUACAAUGAAUGAAGAUCGUUUGAACUUUUUAUCAGUUAUGAGCAUUGAAAGUGAUGUGUUGGAUAAUCUGUCAUUUGAUGAUAUUAUAGAUGACUUUGCAGAAAAGAAAUCAAGAAAAUUUGCUGGUUGUGGCGGUCUGUCUAGGGGCUUAGAAGAUAGUGGUCUCGUAAGUAAUUGGGCUAUUGAAUGCGAUGACAAAGCUGCAGGCGCAUUUAAAUUAAACAAUCCAGAGGCAACUGUGUUUGUUGAAGAUUGUAAUCAUUUAUUAAAAUUAGCAAUGGCUGGUGAAAAAUCAAACAGUAAAAAUCAAAACAUACCGCAAAAGGGUGAAGUUGAUUUCAUUUGUGGAGGACCUCCUUGUCAAGGGUUUAGUGGAAUGAAUAGGUUUAAUUCUGGACAAUAUUCAUUGUUCAAGAACUCUCUGAUUGUUUCAUUUUUAUCAUAUAUUGAUUUCUAUCGUCCAAAAUAUUUUGUUAUGGAAAAUGUUAGAAAUUUUGUAUCUUUUAAAAGAAGUAUGGUUCUUAAAUUGACUCUUAGAUGUAUUACACGUAUGGGCUAUCAGUGUACAUUUGGAAUUCUACAAGCCGGUAACUUUGGUGUACCUCAAACUAGAAGAAGGUUAAUUAUUAUGGCAGCAGCUCCUGGUGAAAAAUUGCCACUCUAUCCUGAGCCUAUACAUGUCUUCAAUAGAAGGAGCUCCAGUUUAACUGUUCAAAUUGGUACUAAAAAAUUCAAAACUAACUGUAAGUAUGAUGAGUCGGCUCCUAUGAGAACAGUUACUGUAUAUGAUGCCUGGUCUGAUUUACCUGAAAUACCAAAUGGAGCAAAUGACGAAGAUAUCAUAUACAAAUCAAAGCCCAUUACACAUUUACAGAAAUUACUAAGAUAUCCAGACAAUCGAUAUGCAGAAUCUAUAUUGAGUGAUCAUAUAUGCAAAGACAUGUCACCUUUAGUUCAAGCUAGAAUGGCACUGAUACCAAUAUGUGAAGGAAGUGACUGGAGAGACCUGCCCAAUAUAACAGUACAAUUACCUGAAGGACUUAAAACCAGUAAACUUUUGUAUACUCACCAUGAUAUCAAAAAUGGUUAUGGUCCAAAUGGUGCAUUACGCGGUGUUUGCACGUGUGCCAGUGGUGAUAAAUGUGAUCCGCAAGAUCGUCAAAACAAUACAAUUAUCCCUUGGUGCUUACCACAUACUGGUAAUAGACAUAAUAACUGGGCAGGCUUAUAUGGCCGUCUAGCAUGGUCAGGGUUUUGUUCAACCACCAUUACAAAUCCUGAGCCAAUGGGAAAACAAGGUAGAGUACUUCAUCCUGAGCAACACCGUGUGGUCAGUGUACGAGAGUGUGCCCGCUCACAAGGUUUUAAAGAUUCUUUCAUAUUCCAUGGUCCAAUCAUAAAUAAACAUAGGCAGAUUGGUAAUGCAGUUCCUCCGCCAAUGGGUACAGCUAUUGGUCAUGAAAUAAUCAAAGCUAUUGACAAAAAACCUAGAUAUAUUUACACUCCAUUUUCUUAGGCAACCACUGACAAAUCUUUGUCUUUUUUUUGUGAAUAUAUGUUUAAACUAUAUUUGAACACCUAUUUUAAUACAAGUUUUAACUCUUCUUUUAUUAAAAAAAAAUUUGUUCAUCUAGAACGAUUAUGAGAUGUUCAAGUAAUAUAAUCAUUUGAUAUGAAAUUUAAUUUUAGUUUAUUUUUAUAUUAUUUUUAAUUUUAUUGGAUUAUUGCAUAUGAUUAUUAUUGAUUUUUUUUUUUUAUUGAUUAUUGUAAUUCGAUUAAUGUUGAUGCCUAUAUCAAUGUUUUAUUUGUGACUAUAAAUUAUUAUACAAGCCUACACUA